AAUAAUAUAGUUUGAGAAAUAUUAAUGUAAGUUUCAUGUAUCCGGGGUGAAGGCCUUUGAAGUUUUUAUUACGUUCCUUUUUUUUUUGUUACAAGUUCAUCAGCGAAGAAUAUGAUAGUCAACUUGUACGGGAACUAACGGGGAAAAACCUGCGAGUAAUCAAGGUUAUAUUGUGACGCACUGUCAAGCCAAUAAGAUAAUAUUCAUGUUCGCGAGCAAUCGUUUAGUUGUGACAGUGUCUUAUUGAAAAACGCACAAUGUCCGAAGUUUAUGAAAAUUAUAUGGUUUUUCAAAAUGCACUCGAAAACCAGGAUUACUUUUUCCACAGAGAUGACUUACAGGCAAUAAGCAGUCAAGGUGUGUAUAGUCCAUUUAAUGGAUCCCAAGGAACGGCAAGCGUUGCUUCCCCCAUGUCUGCCUCGUCAUCUAUACAUGUUAUUGGAGAACCACAUAUAACAAUUUUAAACGAGCCAAUGGAUAAAUUUAGAUUUCGAUACAGAUCAGAGAUGUUAGGAACGCAUGGUAGUUUGGUGGCUACAAAUUGUAGUGGUCGCAAAAAAAAUGCACCUUCGGUUAAACUACAUAAUUAUCUGGAUAAUGCGAUAAUACGUUGUACACUGGUCACGUCUGACGACGGUCAGAGAAUACCUCAUGCUCAUAGAUUAGUACGUAGACAAGAUGGCAUCGAUUCCGAUGAUCCGCAUCAUAUUAAAGUUUCUUCUGAAAAUGGAUUCAUUGCAACAUUUUACGGAAUGGGAAUUAUACAUACAGCAAAGAAGCAUGUUAGGGAUGAACUUAUAAGGAAAAUGCGUAGUAAAGCUUUAGAAGAGAAGAAGUGGGAGAACAUAAAUGCAGCUCUUACAACUCGGGAAGAAGCACAAAUCAAAGCUGAUGCCGAAUACUACCAGAAAUGUGUGAAUUUGAACAGUGUCGCGUUAUGUUUUCAAGCAUUUAUUCUGGAUAAACAUGAUAUUAUGAGACCGAUAACAGCACCUGUGUACUCAAAGGCUAUUAAUAAUCUCAAGAGUGCAUUGACAGGAGAGCUCAAAAUAUGUAGAAUUGACAAACAUACUAGCAGCGUUGAUGGAAACGAAGAAGUGUUUAUAUUUGUAGAAAAGGUAGGAAAAAAGAAUAUUAAGAUAAAAUUUUUUGAGUUAAAUGAGGAUGAUACAGAAAUUUGGAGAGAUUACGGACGCUUUUCAGAAUUGGAUGUACAUCAUCAAUACGCAAUUGCAUUUCGUACUCCACAGUAUAGAGAUCUUAAUAUUGUUUCUCCAGUAGAAGUCUUUAUACAGUUAGAAAGACCAUCCAAUGGAGAUUGUUCUGAACCAAAAAGAUUCACCUAUAAACCAAGUGAUAGAGUUAUAGGCAGGAAACGUCAAAGGAUGUCAUGUUCUGGAAGUACAGAAUUAUCGCGUAUAAUGCCACCUUUUAAUGAUGUUGAAAUAGAGAGUAAUUUAGGCGACAGCAGGGAAAUUUCUAAAGAAUUGAAAAAGAUGAUAAUGGAGGGUUGUUCGUCACCAGACCACCGAGAAUUUAUUGAAACCAUAGACUUGGAUAAAUAUCUACGAUGCAUUGACGGUAGCGAAGACAAUAUGUUAACUGCCGAUGGCCCAUUGCUCAGACAACAUCAAGAUGACUCGCUAUUUCCUAAACACAUCCUUAUCGAAGUUGUAAGACAUAUGAAGAUGGACUCAAGAAAUACGAAUGAAUAUGUACAAAAACUACUUAAAGAUCGUUCCACCUAUGGCGAUUCCCCGUUACAUGCAGCACUCCGAUAUGGUCAACGUGACAUCGUCAAGUAUAUCUUAAUGUUGAUAAGCACCGAUAAAGACUGUAAAAUGCUCGUCAACGGACAAAAUAGUUCUGGAAAAACGCCAUUGCAUUAUGCAGUUUUACAAAAUCAACCAGAAAUUACAAAAGCGUUACUUGAGCUUGGAGCUGAUCCAAAUCGAUCGGAUGAACAUGGUUGUUCGCCGUUACAUGCUGCUGUACGAGUUCCUCGAGCUGGUGCUUGUGUCGGUGUCUUAUUGGCAGACAAGGUAGUUGACAUUGAAGCUCAUAAUGACGCUGGCUGGACACCAUUACAUCUCGCCGCAGAAGCGGGUUCAUAUGAAGCAGUAUGCUUACUUGUUCAGGCUGGAGCUAAUGUAAAUAAUACUGAUAUGUCUUAUGGUCGAACAGUAUUACACAUAGCUGUAGAAGGUGGACAUAAGGACAUUGUCGAGUAUUUACUCAAACAGACGGACAUAUCUGUAAAUAAGAGAAAUUUCAGCGGAAAUACUGCUUUACAUACUGCGGUUGUGUAUUCUGGAGUAAGAGCAAAAGAACUGUGUGCAUUGCUAAUACAAUAUGGUGCAGAUCCACAUAUUCAGAAUCAUAAUCGAGAAUCGAAUAGUGUGGAUAAAAGAAAAGGAUCGCAUACCGAUAUCAAAGUGGAAGUUGAUUCUGAUACUGAAAAUGAAAACACAGAAGAAUCGGCUGGACAAUCAUCGUUCGAUCUGGCCACGAAUAAACCAGAUAUUUUACAGCUUCUUAAUGGUCAGGCAAAGGAAAUUACAUCUGAUGUGGGUCCAGUUUCCACUAAAGUAGAAGCAGAAGAUGAGGAUUCAAACAUAAAUUGGUUAAACAGCGAACGGAAAGAAAAAUUAUCCAUUUUUCUAGACAAAACACAGGGAUGGAAGAAGCUUGCAAAACAUUUAAAUUUUCAAUAUUUUUUAAAUACACUUCAACAGAGCUCUUCGAGUCCUUCUUUACUACUUCUAAAUUACAUAGAUGUACAGGCAUCUUUAUCUCUUACCGAUAUGGAAACUGUAUUGAGAGAUAUCGGAGAGAUAGAAGCAGCGGAUUACGUUAAAGAAAUCUCAUCUACAUGUUCGCAAAAUUCGUUUCCUUAUUGUUAAACUUUUUUUUAUUCUGUCAUGUAUAACAAUAUGUAAAGUAUAUAUAAAGUUUAUUUAAUGUCGUAUUCGCUAAGUUUUAUUAAGAUAUAAUAAACAAAAUUGUCAUGAAUGUAAAUACUAUGUAUAACUGCAUAUAAUUUUUAAACGUAAUUAUGAGGUUAAGAUAAUCAUGAUUGUUUGUAUUAAAGAUAUUUAAAUAGAUA